AUGGCUUCCCUCGUUGCCAGCAGCCUCUGUGUUUACCAAAAAGUGUCGAAACGGUGGUUUGUAGGUAGCGGAAGCGGCCAUGAAGUUGAAUGCGUGGUUUGCCUCAGCAAGGUCUGCAAAGGGGAAAAGCUCCGGUCGUUACCAAUAUGCCACCAUAGUUUUCAUCUUGACUGCAUCGGUUCAUGGCUCAGAGUUCGUCCCACUUGCCCUCUUUGCAGGAUUAGCGUAGCGCCUGAAAGGAAUUUUCUCAUUGCUUCCUUGCUUUCUUUGGCUAAAAGACUCGGAAAAUGGGUCGAGAAUCCACUUUAUUUGGAGCUUAGAACGGCAGUUUGUGAGAGUUUUGGCUAUAUUUGA